CGCUCAAGUGCAGAGCCGGUCGCGCGCCGUCGUCUGCGCGCUGCACACUGCGACGACUGCGGACCGCUGCGAACGUGUUCGCGAGCAUGCCUGGCCGAUCGCGCCGGAGUUAGCGUUCCAGCACCAUUUGAUGGGCGUUCUUCGCGUAUACGAUGACCCACGCAAUUAGCCGCGUCACUUGCAUCACUGUACUACUUGCAGCAGUGUCGCCAGCAUUAGCAGCCUGUGAUGCAGAGAAGGCUGUCACUGGACUCCAACAGUGCAGGAACCAGAUCCACCAGAUUGAGAAACACAGAUUUAAUGCUUCCAACGCCAACCACAUAGAACAAGUAUGCUGCAGCGCCACAGUCCAGUUCGAAGACUGCAUCCGCGAAGCAGUACGUCUUUCAGGCUGCCACCACGAAGUGGACUACCUUGUGACCCUGAUGAUGACUAAAACGAGAGAACUUCUGAGCCACAUGUACAGCACCAACUGCUGGUACCGCUGCAGCCCAGCCGCCGCUGCCAGUACGCCAUUCGCCCCUGCCGGACUUGUAGCAGUGGUACUAGUGGUGUUGUGGAGGACAUGAAGUUAGUGACCCUGGUCACCCGCAAGUGCUGUGAUGCGGUCCCAAGUGUGGUCCUGAGCUCAGCACUCGGAUCGAACAGCGCCUGCAGGACUUCACAAAAUGCGCUCGUGUCUUUCCUGUCCUUUUAGUGACCGGCGAGAAACGUUUUAUCACCGUGGUGAGCAGUGGCGCAGCGUCACUGCAACAUCCGCUCAGAUGUUUGAAGGCAGUGUUUUGCAGCAACAGACCACUUAACUUAUGUGAACACCUAGCGUGACAAUGCAGCAACUGUCGCUAUAACGGUUUCCUUUAAUUUUUGUUUCAUAACCAAAAAGGCACAUUUACCAUAUUACCUUCGCACUGCCCAUUUGUUGAAAUGGUCAAGCAGAAAGAGUGCUGGUCAGCUAGCAGUGUGUUUAUCGAGCUCUCACAUCUUUUGAUGAAUGAAAUAUUCACCCAGGGCUCUGC